ACUUAAACAGGAUCUAUACACGGAUGCGUAGGAACAUCAUAAUAGAGCAAGGCUCCACGUCUACCUGCCUACUUUGAGGGGAAACUGGGAGUCUUGUUAAGUAGGAUAAGGAAAAAAAAUUGUGAAAAGACUGACUUCAGGGACAAAUGUUCGUCACCACAAUUCAAUCGGACUAUCGUCAACAUGAGUCCAGGUCGAGUAUCACGGCUUUUCCGCAGCGGUCUUCUAUUUUUCGUUGGUGGGUUUUGUGGCUACUAUUUGUCCCAUUCCGAAUGGCAUUCGUUCAACUUGACAGCCGUCUCAGUAGCUAAAAGUGGACCGGAUUCCAUAAAAGCUCCGUCGGGUUACGAAGUCAAAAUGAUCAUGCGUCGCCUUCGUCGGGAAGAGGAAGACAUUCCGACAAAAAAAGAGACUCCUUGUAAGUGUACCGGACAGAGACUAUCAGACCACUUGUCACCAUCGGAACUGGCAAAUAAGCAGAAAGAGCUAGCAGCAAGUUUGGAAAGAUUUGAGAAACGGCGUAUUGACCUAAGGGAUGUUUACAACCAAGUGGAAGGAUCUUCACCAAUCAGCUACCCGGCUCACGGUGUGUACUGCAGGCCAAGAAGGACGGUCAGGUUAAAAGUGCGGCUUCAAUACGCUGGUUUCAAUGAAACUAUACCGAUACACGUCCAGCAGGUACAGUUGCCCUGGCUAUAUGAUCCAAAAGGAGGGAAGUUUCAAGACAGAGUGACUGUGGUGGUAAAGACCUUCUUACGGUACAGCAAUCUCAAACGGCUCAUCGCCUCCAUUCACGAGCUCUACCCAGGGACGAGAAUGGUCAUUGCAGACGAUACCCCCAGCGAGCUCUUCACCAGUGUCCAAGCACCUAACGUCGAUCAAUUCCAGAUGCCAGAAAAGACGGGUUACUUCGCCGGCCGAAAUCUGGGGUUAUCACAAGUGUCAACAGAAUACUUUGUGUAUGCCGACGAUGACCACUUCAUAAGAAAUGACACAAGACUGGACAUGUUUGUAUCACUGUUGGACAAAACAAACUUCCAUCUGGUGAGCUCAAAGAUCGAGGAUGAGAGUUGGAGGUUUUCUACCACGUUUGAAAUUACCGGGGACAAUGGCGACAGCUGCCUAGUGGAGCAAUUUAAGACCAAACACUUUCAUGAGAUCCCGGGGUUCCCUGGUUGUUACGCCAACGAAAAAGGCGAAAAUUUCUUCAUGGCGUCAACAAAUGAGAUGAAGUCCACCGGAUUCGAUCCAGAUCCAGCAUUGUCCAGGAUAGGACACGAAGAACUAUUCUUCUCGGCACUUGGAAGGCUCCGGACUGCCGCUUGUCGCAACAACGUCGUUGGGCACAACCGCACAGGGCCCGAAUUCAAACAAGCGCACUAUGAGAGGUUUAGACGCCCCGGAAAAGAAACGAAAGCUUUAAAGUCCAAAUAUAGCCUGUUAAAGCAUAACCUGGCCUGUACACAGAUAGGUCCUCAUCGGCGGGGUAAUAGAACUGAAGCUAAGCCAAAGAAGUAACCACUGACUAUCAAGUGAAAUAAUUUCUUUUUGGGGAAAUACUACAACCAUAGGCGAACGA